AUGGAAAAUGAUAAUGUUUAUACCAAAUACUGUUUAGUGCCGCAAUGCCUUUCAUCAACAAAAGUAUCACCAGGAAAAAUAUUCCUUUCAUUGGCAGUGGGAUCGAGUGAUAAAAAUAAAGAGAAAAGAAAAUUAUGGUUGCAAGCCAUAAAUAGAAAUGAUUUAUCCGAGAAAACCAGAGGAUUUGUUUGUGAAGACCAUUUCGAAGCGGUUUUACUGAAUAUAAGCGAUGGUCCAAUAUUGGGAGGAACUGAUAGGACUGUGGACAACAAUGAGAUGUAUUAUUAUUUCCGGGGCAUUCCAUAUGCAGAACCGCCCAUAGGGCAUCUUCGUUUUGAGCCUCCACUAGCUAAAACGCCCUGGGAGGACACUAUUGAUUGCACCACAGAAGGAAGUCAAUGCAUUCAAGGAAGUGAUCCUGUCAAUGGUUCAGAAGAUUGCCUCUUCAUCAAUGUUUACACACCCUCAUUAAAUGGUUCGUUGGCAGUUCUGGUAUACAUGGCCGGAGGAGCUUUUGCUGUUGGUGACUCGACCUACGCUGGACACGGUCCAGACUAUUUCCUUGAACAAGGCAUUGUGUUCGUCUCCUUCAAUUACCGCUUGGGCAUCUUUGGAUUCAUCGGUACGGAGGAUUUGACCUGCCCCGGGAAUGCCGGGCUAAAAGAUCAAGUGUUGGCGUUGAAUUGGGUGCAGAGGAAUAUCGCCUUUUUUGGUGGGAAUCCAGAGAACGUCACUAUUUUUGGUGACAGCGCAGGGGCAGCUUCUGUGGCCUAUCACUUGCAAUCGAAUGUUUCGAGAGAAUCCCGCCCCAUCGACGAGAUGGGCUGCCCCACGGAUUCUGGGGGGGGCAUGCAGACGACAAAGAUUGGAGGAUUGGUGAGGAAUAUGGCUGAGACAUUCGAGAGUAGUACUGUCCUGGAGGAAAUAGCAAACCCUUUUGCAAAAAGUAGUGCGAUACAGAGGACGCCUACAAGACAGAGAACUAGCUCCUUAUCAGAUUUAGGCAGGAAUAGAGACUCGAACGCUACGUCUACGAAAAAGACGAAGAGACCAAAACACGAGGCAAUUCUCAUAUCUGGAAAAGAUAUGACGUAUGCUGACCUACUGAGAACUGUCAAACGCUCGGUCAACCCCAGUGAACUAGGAGCUGAAGUGAAAAACAUUAAGAAGACAAAAAACGGAAACAUUCUCCUCACUGUGAGUAAUGGCUACGAGAAAGCCGAAGCUCUGAAGAGGAAAAUUGAAGAAAAAGUCCCUGUGGCCACAACAUCUCAUUUGGUUAACAAAACAGUAAUCCACAUAAAGGACCUUGACGAGGUUUCGACAGAAGAAGAAAUCAAAGACGCUAUCACUGAGGCCAUCGCGCUGAUGUUGCAAAACGCGCUGGCUGGUUUAUCAUUUGGACCCGUCAGAGAACCUGUCCACGAUGGAGCAUUCUUCACAGGCGAAUCUGAGGAUAUGUUGUCGAGAGGGCAAUUCAAUCGGGUACCAUGUUUGAUGGGUGUGAACUCCAACGAAGCUGCUGUUAUACGCGAAGUUACAGCCACAUUUCGUUUGUACGUCGGCUCCUACGCCUUGAAGACCAAUGAUCUUGCUCCAGUAGAUUUGACAGACAACCCAAUCAGACGAUAUUUGGCAGCUAACGCCAUCAAAUGUAGAUAUUUCCGCUGUUCCAUCACAGUUACAUCUUCUGAAAAUAUCGUUAAGUUGGCUUGACCAACAAGAAAAGCUGUUUUGGAUUUGUCCAGACUCGUACCAGUGUAUUACUAUGUGUUUUCCUAUGAGGGUACUUUGGGAGGAGUUGAAAACCGGACUUUGCUAGGAGUAGGACAUUCAGAAGAUAUAGGAUACCUUUUCAGACAAUAUGAUACUGAUGUCCCAGAUACCGAUCAUUUGAUAAGAAGGAGAAUGGUUAGGAUGUGGAGCAAUUUUGUGAAAUUCCGUAAUCCUACACCAUCCAUAGAUGCGCUGUUCCAGAAUAAAACAUGGCUGCCUGUAGAACAGAACCACUUGUAUUACAUGAACAUCGAUUUGAAUAUGGAACUUCUGGAAAAUCCAUUCAGGGAGAAUAUGGAAUUUUACGACGGAAUUUAUGAAAGAUAUGGUUCGCCGCCAUAUGAUACAUACUAAUUUCAAUUGUGAUAUUUUCUAUUUUGGUGAAAAUUUUGUGUGUGUCCCAGUGGGAUGGUUUGAUUCUAUAUUUCUCAUAAUACAAAAACUUUUGCAUUCAAUUAGUUCUCAUCUUGCAUUUUUAAAAACUAAGAAGAUAAGAGGACCAAGCAUCCUUUUGGGACAUACCUUUUAGUGUUUUCGAAAGUGAUUUUUCAACGAGAUCGAAAUAUGUAUGGUUUCCUUAAGUAAAUUAUUGAAGGAGCUAUCGAUUCGUUUAAGGUUUGUUUGCACGAGGCUUUCCAACUUAUUUUGGAUAGAAUAUACCUACUCAUUCUGAUAGAAUUUCAAAUAAGUUUCAAUGCAUGGUUACAAGUCUGUAGAUCUAUAUACAUAGUUCAAGUUUUUACUAUCGAGUCAACUACCAAUAAGGAAGAUAUACAUAUUUACAACAAUAAUUUUGAUAUUUCAUGCGUUUUAUUUUGUUUUGGUGAAAAUUGGAAAUGUGCCUCAUGAACGAGGUUUAGUGCGCUUUCAUUUCAAAUGAACCAAAGUUUCUCAGAGAAUUUCUAUAUACCUUCAUGCAGGAUAUGACCUAGUUAGAAAUGGAGAACAUUGUAUUACAACUUUGUAUGCAGGGUGUUUCAUACUAUAUGCGCAGAACUUCAUGAUGUGAUAGCUCGUCCGAAAAUUCAAAUAACGUUUUCAUCAACUCACUCCUUAUAAUGCACCAUUUCUUGAAUACGAGGUGUUGAAAUUAAAAAUUAAAGUAUCGCAAAGAAAACAGUUUUCGUCAGCAUUUUCUUGAUCAUAAUAUUUGGAUUGUGGAUUUGUUUUUGUUAUAAUUGGUGAUGAUUUUGAAGGGGUAGUGGGUGUUUUAUUCCCCAACUACUACGCCACUGAAGAAGGUAGAAUUUUGAGCAACCCAUUAGAAUCGUCAAUGUUUUCUACACACAAAAAAAGAUUUCUUGGUCAAGGUCUAUUCUUGAUAGUUUCCGAGCAAAAUCAAAUUCUAUGUUGAAAAACAUCGGCAAUUUUCGAGGAAUAAUGACUGCGUGCAAUGAAACUAACCACAUACAGAAGAUGGAGAGAGAAACGGCUACCCUUUCGAAAUCUCUCAGCAUUGUGACAUUAUGAAAGAAGCUGUGUUCUGUGCGAUGAAUUGUUCCAGAGAUAUUCGCAGGAAACGAUUUCCACACAUCCCGAAAAUAAUGCAUUUAGAGGUUGAGUUGAUAAAAACUUUCUUUUCAUUUUUGCACAUAUAUUAUGAAACAUCUUGUAUAUUGUUGCUUUUUGUAUAUGUGAUUGAUAUUCUGAUGACGAAACAACAUUGUUAAGUGACUAAGGUGUUGAAAAAAUGUCAAUUUCGAAAACACUCAAUUAUUGUGAAACAGAUUGCUGCAUGAAAUAUGGAUAUUGGCUCGAAUAAAAGAUCAUCUUAU